AUGUCGCUAUCGAAACAAAAUUUUCAUCCGGAGGUCGAAGCGGCGAUCAACCAGCAGGUAAAGCGUCAUAACUUGGGAAAUUUCCCCUGCUCUACAGAGACAAACUUUUUCAGAUCAACACCGAACUCACCGCAUCGUACGUCUACCUGUCCAUGUGGGCUCAUUUCGAACGUGACGACGUCGCUUUGGCUAACGUCGCCAAAUUUUUUAAGCACCAAUCCGAGGAGGAACGUCAGCACGGAACGGAUCUCAUGGAGAUGCAGAACCUGCGUGGAGGACGUGUCAUUCUGACAGACGUCCAGGCCCCACAAACGGAAUGGCCUUCUCUUCUUGCCGCCUUCGAAGCCGCCUUGGCACUUGAGAGACUGAACAAUGAGCGACUGCUCAACUUGCACGCGGUGGCGACCAAGCACGGCGAUGCCCAGCUUACCAACUUUCUAGAAGGAAAGUACCUUGACGAGCAGGUGGGGUGACAGAAAAUUAUGCACAGAACUUCAGCAACUUUUGAGAGUUGAAAAGUUACCGAGAAUGUUCAGGUUUGCUCAAUCAACGAAUUUGCUCGUUUCAUAAACAAUAUCAAGAGAGCCGGGCCCGGCGUCGGAGAGUACAUCUUCGACAAGGAGGAGUUCUCCGACUAA